AUGAGUCUUGCGAGUUUACCUGAUGACGUGCUAGGAAGAAUAGUGAGCAGCACUGGUCGAGCUUUUUGUGGUGUGAGUAAGAGGCUCUAUAGGAUCCACAAUGAAAUUUACAGGCAUAAGAUAUUGCAACUAUUUGAGGUGGACCAUCCGAUAUGGGAUUACGUUAUUGAGCCUCUAGAGGAGUAUUUGCAGGAUCUGGACCCACUGCGAAAGCCAGCAAGGUGUCUCUUAUCAAAUGGUUUGUCUCAAAACUGCAAUUACGAUUUAGGGAAGUUCCGCAGUAUAUCUCACUCUUGGCAUAUUGUCUACAGUGUAUUGCUAUCAAUCAAUCCGAUAAGAAAUAUCCGCCUCCUACGCACUGAACCGUUCCAUGAGUCUUUGAUUGCUCUACCGUACCAUUUGCCGUUGGGAAGAGUGCCAUUCAACGUAUGGAUUGCACUUCAUGGUUCUGUCGAAAGGAAUACAAUAAGGGACACAAUUACCUUACUGAAAUCAACACAAUCUACGUGCAAGGAAGAAUUUUUCAUGGUGAGCUAUAUAGAGGACUGGAUAAAAGAACCAGGAUUAUAUUGUAUUAGAUUAGGCUAUAUUACGCAAUCACUAAUAAAUUCCUGCAGGAAACGUCAUUGUGAAUAUCUACCAUUUAUAAUUAAUACUUCACUUGCUAAUUAUGACACGUCCAAAGACAAAAUUGAAAAUGUUGAGUUGGUCGGGUAUGAUUUUGGUAAUUAUUCUCAUAUCAAUGCAGGUACCCCAUGGAUCUUUAUGCAAACGGAAGUCAAAUACAAAAAUUACAUCUGCACAUCAUCUCAGACAGUUUUAAAUGCAAAACUAUAUGAAUUUUCCAGUCAUAAUAGCAAGAGAGAUUCAUGCGUUGAUGAGCUAUGCGAUGAAACCGCAACUAUUCUCACAACUAGUAGUAUGAAAAUUCCAGUGAAAAUUUUAUCCAAAUAUCCCAAAUAUGACUCUGGAAAUGAUGAACACGUGAAAAUAUCAAACCCAUCUUUGCCUAGGCUAAUCGUUUGA